AUGGCCGUCCGAUUUGCAAACGCAAUGGGUGCCAAUUACAAAGAGACACCGUCGCAUCCGCGCGUAGUCGCAUCGCUGCAGUUCCCAGUAUUUUCGGUCAUUAUAGCCCUUCGUAGUGUUACACCGAGAUCCCUCGAGGCGGGUUAUACUGAAUCAGAAACGGAUGAUAUCCCUGGCUGCCCCGAAAUUAUAACUAACCCGAUCGUGCUUGUGUCUCCGUCUUCUGUUAACUUUAAGAGAACCUCAAUGACUUGCAAAUAUGUUGUACGGAGAGGAGAACAAUCGGCCUCUGGACAGCUGGGGGAUACGUCGGCAUCCUCUUCAUCUCUCCAUUUGUCGCAGGCUCCCAGCCUUCUCCGGAUUGCCUACUUGGUGACCGGAACCCGGCCCGGGGGGCCACCUCUCUCCACCAUGAAAAAUGUACUGUCAUUUAACUCAGGGAGAGACUGCGAAGAGAUCAAUAAACGCAAGUUAAAUACGGAUUUGCCACUCUUGAAGCGGGUUGUCCAAGAAUCCGCUUCUUACACCAGUGGACUAACCGCCGUGCUUCUCCAAAUCGCUCACCCCGGCAUUGCAAAAGGGAUUCGGAAGCAUAGCAACUUCAGGACCCGCCUUCUAGAACGGACGCAGAAUACAGCCAUCUACAUAAAUGUCAUGGCAUUUGGCUCUGAGACAGAGAAAAUAGCUCUUCGUAACUUUGUCAACCUCGCACAUCGAAAAGUAAACGACAACCGGACAGAGAAUACCUACGACUCGAUGGAUCCACAGCUGCAACUUUGGGUCACCGCAACGAUAUACAUGACCAUGCUGGACAAGUACGAAUCCAUAUUCUGCCGUCUCUCUGAACUAGAGCGCGACCAAGUGUACCAGGAAUUUUCGACCUUUGGGACAAUGUUGCAAGUCCCACUGUCCCUGUGGCCGGAGAAUCGCACAGCUUUCCAGAGAUACUGGGACAGACAGAUUGCAGACCUCCGGGUUCCUGACGACGCCCUCCAUGUUGCUCAAGACAUCAUUCAUCCCAAAUACGUCAAUAUUCCGCAUAUCCUCGCCAUGAUCCUCUUCUUCAGACACCCGCUUGAGAUGGCAAUAGCUACAGAGGAGCUUCCUGAACGUGUCCGGGAAGGCUAUGGCCUCAAGAGCACCUGGUGGUCAAGAAUCCGAUACGCAGCUCUCAUAGCCUUCUAUAAACUGACGUAUAACCUAUAUCCUGAGUCGGUCAGGACAUGGCAACGAGAUUACUAUUUAUGGAUGAUGAGGCAGCGAUUCGCCAAGAAGGGAAAAUCACGCAAUGGAAGGCCGAUCUCGUUUGAGGCUCUUGAAACUAGUUGGGAAGGUGUCUGCGAUAAUGUCAAUUGA